UUUAAUUUUUGCUUGCUAUAAUUUAUUUUAAAAAAAAUUUUUAAAAUUAUUAAAUAAGUAAUUUUCAUUUUAGAUUUAAACCAACUGGAUGUCAGAGAACCGGAACCAUUUGUCAGGAUAGAAGGCGAGACAAACAAAAAGUUGACUAUAAAAGUGGAACCUAGUUACGCUGACCACGAAUUAGUGAUUGGACCCAGGUAUCAGCCAUCAGAAAUGAAGAUGCAUCAUGUGAAUUACCUGUCAAAUGAAGCAUCCGGAAUCCAGCUUUGGGGAGUAAAUAAAGGAGCUCUUAUUUGUCAUCUAAUGAGACAAGCCAAUUCAACUAGGUUUUACAAAGUAAAAGGUAUUUUAGGAUAUGCCACUGAUAAUUAUUUCACAACUGGUAAAAUUGUUGAAAGAUCUAUGUUCAAGCAAGUCAAAAGGCAUCACAUUGAUAUGAUUUGCGCUUCAAUGCAAUCAUCCCAUCAGAGAAAAAUGUUUGAAUUAUGCGGCCUAGAUAUUCAGUCACAAGCGGCUUAUGAAUUAGCUGUUCAAGGUCCAAUUCGUCCAGCGGAUAAUAAAGUUCCGAUGCUCUAUAGCAUGAAAUGCGUUGCUUUUGAUCCUCCAGAUUUUACUCUAGAAAUAGUAUGUAUCAACGAAGACGACAUGUUUUUAAAAACUCUCGUCCACAACUUAGGUCUAAUGUCACGAACCAAUGCAACUUGUAGCCAAAUCCAGUGCUACCAAUAUGGAAUAUUCACAACAAAUUUAGGACUACUAAAAAGAGACUGGUCAAUAGAGAAUAUAAUGAAAAACUUGAUAAUAAUCCGCAGAAUACUGAGCAAAAAUAAAUACUUAUACUGCGAGGAUAACCAAGAAGCAAUUCUUCGGGAGUAUUUCGAGAAUAAACAAACAAUUUAA